CCUAAUUAAGAUGGUUUGUGCGAGCGACGCGUGCGCGGCCGGCUGUACCCGUGGGGCGUGGUCGAGGUCGAGAACCCCGAGCACUGCGACUUUAUCAAGCUGCGGACUAUGCUCAUCACUCACAUGCAAGACCUGCAGGAGGUGACGCAAGAGGUGCACUACGAGAACUACCGCUCGGAGCGGCUCGCGCGCAGCGGGCAAGUGCCUAAACGUCACACGUCUACGGAAAGCGGCCUCAGCGAAGCCGAUAGCAACGGUGUAACCAACGGAUCUAAUGAAGAUGCUGACCGCGCUCUUCGUGAAAAGGAGGCGGAGCUUCGUCGCAUGCAGGAGAUGCUGGAGCAGAUGCAGCGGCAGAUGCAGCUGGCCGCUGCCGGCGCGCCCACCACCGCAUAGUGCACGCUCGACGCACAGUUAAAGACAAGUACGGCUGUCCACGUCCAGUUGCCAGACGCCUGCGACGUCGUGAACUCAAUACUGCGCGUCAUCCCCUACUGUGUCACCUCCAACUAACUGACUCUCGGACACACCCAGCCCGAAGCCCUAUUGAAACGAGUGUUUGGUGAAUAAGUGCACGGUAAAUGUAUUUUAUAUUAACAAUCUAUACGUCAUUCCUGUAAUUGUCAAGUGAUGUGAUAAAAAAAGUUUGGGUCCGGUGCCGAGAUGAAUACAGAUUAUUUUUGAUGUUUAAGAAUAAAAUUUCGCGCACGAAUUGCACAGAUAAUAAUGUUAUUUGGUGUGCCAGUUUUGGGCGCAAAUUACCAAUUCGAAUCAAAACAAAAUGCGUCAGAUGUGAAGUAUUUCACUGUUAUGUGAGAUGUCACAUGACAGUGAUAAAC